UAGUUUUUAAAUAACAAUGGAAGCCAGGGGCACUUUUUAAAGGAAUAGUUCACCCAAAAAUGAAAAUUAUCCCAUAAAUUACUCGCCCUCAAGCUAUCUAUAAUGACUUUCUUCUUUCAGCCGAACACAAUUGAAGUUAUAUUAAAAAAUAUCCUGGAUAUUUCCAGCUUUAGAAUGGGAGUUUUGGAAGUGCAUCCAUCCAUCAUAAAAGUAAUCCAUACGACUCCAGGGGGUUAAUAAAAGGCCUUCUGAAGGGAAGCGAUGUGUUUUUCGAAGAAAAAUAUCCAUAUUUAAAACUUUAUAAACCAUAAUCAUGCGCUCACAAGAGUCGAGUUCAGGCGGAGGGGUGACCUCUGACCCGACAUAUGACGUCCGAUUGUGUUUGGCCGAAAGAAGAAAGUCAUAUACACCUAGGAUGGCUUGAGGGUUUUUUCAUUUUUGGGUGAACUAUAAUAUUCAGCUCUUCUGCUUGUCUGUGGAAACUCAAACUCUUUUUCUUUGCCACUUCAGCCCAUCUUCAGACGCAUUCAAUCCUCCUUAUGUCUGUCUCCAGCUUAUACUCUUUUCACACUGAUUUAUUUGACCUACAUGGCACAAUCUCAGACUCUGGUGUUUAAUAUGUGCUGUCUGUGGGUUUGCAAGUGUGCUGCUCUAAAAAAAAAAAAUUAAUUCAACUUCUUUUUCUCUCCAAUUUUGCAUAAUCAUGCAAAUGUGAUUCAUCCACUUGACUAACCGCUCACUGAAAAAUUAAAUGAACUGCGUUUAGUGGCCUCAUAUAAAUAACUAAUCUGGAUAUAUAAAUGACAGUGAAGAUGAUGUAAGGUGCACUGCACCCAAACAAACCCAAGACUUGUUUGUUUUGAGGUCAUUUUAAGAUAAUAUAUAAGACUUAUUAUAUUUUAAUGGAGAUUAUAUUAUCUUACAUGGAGCCUCACCCUGCAACUGGUACCUCAGUUACAGCCAGAUACAUGAUUUAUUUAUUUAUUAAGGCUAUUAUUAGAUAUAUUAUUCGAUCUAUUUAAUAUUCUUAUAACUAUGGCUUUGAAAGCACCCUUCUGUGGGGGUAGUUAGUGGGUGUGGGGUAUCCUCUCAUAUUACACUCCUUCCCGCGAGAAAGCCCUCAGUCGCGCCAAAAACCCCACCUGUGUCACUCACCUUUGUUCUUGCCUGAGCUUGUCAUUAAAAGCCGCCAUGAGACAUUCGGCAUUUAUAUAAUGGUAAUUAAUGAUCUGUGAUGAUUAAUUAUGUCCCUGCUGAGCCUUAAAAACUUAAGGCGCGCCUGCUAUAACCGUAGUAGCAGAUGAGAGAAGAGCGCGCCUACUGCCCCGCCAACAAACCCCCACAGGCUUGGUCACAACGACUCUCUGAUUGGCUGCAAUGGUCGCCUUGAGGAAUUUCCUCCUCGUUCAGCCAAUCACCGCCGGUUUAUUUGCAUAGCGCUGUCGUGAUUGGCUGAGAGGGUGAAGCUCUUUAGAGCGCCAGAAAACAAGCUUGAGCGGGUGAUUCAUAGUGGCCUGACCAGCGGUACGAAUGAAGUGAGAAGAUUACAAGCUCAGAUCUUCUGAUUUAGAGAGAAAAUUAUGUUCUUAUAAGGAGGAAAAAGAAGGAUCACCUUUGCGCUGGAUUUAUUUACGUUUUUAGGAUUUUUUUACACAAAGGACGGAAGUUUAAGAUGGAGAUGAAGUGUUUAACUUUAAAAGAUUUGCUUAGUGUGAGGACACUAGUGAAUAAGACAAGCUCGGAUGAUACCGGCAGCAUGAAUGACCAUAAAGAGAACAUCUGCAUGGACAGAAGGAAAACGACCCCACUGAAGUGUGACUCUGUGACGGCAGCUGUGAACGGACAUAGGAGAGUUUCCAGCCCAGAUAUCACCCAUAUAACCCCCAUUAAACACACUGAGAGGGCCCAUCCGGACCCCUGGACCCCAACAGCCAACCUGAAAAUGCUGAUCAGCGCCGCCAGCCCAGAUAUCCGCGACCGAGAGAUGAAGAAAACCCUCUUCAGACCCAUUGAAAAUGAAGAGAAAGCUGUAGAGGAGGAGGAAGAGGAAGAACUCGAUGACUCGUGUCAGUAUGAAGCUGUAGACGAUCCUGAGAGGAGACCCAGUCGCAAACAGAAGAGUUUGGGGCUUUUGUGUCAGAAAUUUCUGGCCUUGUACCCUGAUUACCCUGAAAAUUCGGAAAGCAUCAAUAUUUCUCUGGAUGAGGUGGCCACAUGCUUGGGCGUUGAGAGGCGACGUAUCUACGACAUUGUGAAUGUGCUGGAGUCUCUGAUGCUGGUGAGAAGAAUGGCGAAGAACCUGUACGUGUGGCACGGGCGCUCGCAGCUGCCGCAGACCCUGCAGGAACUUCAUCAGGCGGGCCGAGAGCAGGGCUACCAUCUGCAGAUGAACCAGAGAGAUGGAAGCAGCCCGUAUCCCGCCCACCACAUGCAAAACACACACGCGGCUUCCAGCAGACGGAAGGAUAAAUCGCUUCGCAUCAUGAGCCAGAAGUUCGUCAUGCUGUUCCUGGUGUCCAAAACACAGACCGUUACACUUGAUACGGCUGCUAAGAUUUUGAUCGAGGAGGGUCAGGAUGAGUCCAGCCACAGCAAGUAUAAAACUAAGGUACGACGCUUGUAUGAUAUCGCUAAUGUCUUGACCAGCCUGAAUCUGAUCAAGAAACUUCACGUGAGAGAAGAAAAGAGCCGUAAACCCGUCUUUAAAUGGAUCGGACCUGCCGAUUUCCACAGCAGCAGCGAUUCAGAUGAUAUGAGGGUCUCAGAAGCUCAGAUCAGUACCUCCGUCACGGGCAUCGGGGAACGACGAGAGAAGAUGACACGUCACGCCUCCUUUCAGGUCAUUCCAGCCCCUCCUGUCAAUCAAAGACUGAUAAGCUCCGCCCCCAGCACACCUCACAGACAUUCCACAGAUGAGCCGGUGGAUUACUCCAGGAAGAGUGUGAACAACAGUGCAGUGUGUCAACUGCAGUUUGGAGACAGUGGAAGCCCUGUAGUGUCUUCUACCGGACUGGCAGUGCCUCUUCAAGCUGACGUCCCGUAUGCGUCACUGCCCGUUUCAGCCCAGUUUGCUUCUCACCCAUUAGCGUACCUGUCGGGUCUGCCACAAACACCCGUGCUCAUGGUGUACAGCGGACAUGUGCCCGAGGGCAUCAACCAGAGGUCACCCGUCUCAGGCCACAGGGAGGGAAAUCCAAAGAGAGAGAGAGAGGAGGAAGAGGAAGAUGAUCAGGCAGCUAAACGAGGCAAACGCUCUACGUCCAUAGAAAGUGAAACAGGUGAGACUGAGAGUUCGAGCUCCAGUGCCAGAAGGUCUCCGAUCUGCUCUCGAGAAGGUUCCCCGUGGGACGAGGCCUCGAUUGGGCCGAUGAAUAAGGAAGACGCCAGAACAUCCAGUCCCAAAGAUGCCCUCGUGUCCUCUCAUUACCUCUAUGUUCCAAACACAGCAGGUCUGAACGGUUUGAACUUCCUCAUGCCAGCGGGACAUACACAAGGUGGUGUGCCAACUGUAGCUAUGCCGUAUUUUUUGGUGCCUUCACCGCUUAUAGCGGGUACAAUGCCCACCUCCAGCGCUGAGGGAGCUGCCAGCAGUGGUUUGAGUUUCAGCAUGCCCACCAUGUUGUCACCAGCCUCGUUUGUGAUGGCAGGAGGGGCAUUUAAUGUGGCUGAAACAUUGAGCAGCCCUGAGCAUCAUGGGCACAGAAUACCAGUGGCCACAUUCUCACCACAGGGACCACGAGUACAAGAGAGCCCUCAGCCCGCACAAACACAGACUCCUGUGACACCAAAGGAAGCAGCGCUGGGGUCCAAAUCUUUCUUUGAGACACCUGGAGCUUUUGGGUCUCUCACCACCCAAACAGCGGCACGCAAAAGAGGCUCCGCCCAGAGGAGGUUGGACAUCGGACACACCGCAGCCAAUUAAAUUAGCUGCUGCAUUUGUGUCAUUGGUUUUCAGGCUUCUGUGGUGCUACAGUGCCAAAGACAGAAACAGCAUUACACAGCAAAAUUUUACUUGAAUUAUUUCUCGUAUAUGAACAUUUCCUGUUUACUAACAUCAGAAUAAGAGGAUAACUACAGAUACUAAAGUUCCACUCAGGGUCUAUAGUGUGAUAUUGGAGAUAAUCUGUUACACGCCCUUUUGUGGCUCGAUUUGUUUUCCCCCCACACCAUUUCAGAUAGUAUUUUGGAGUUUUUUAAUAUCCUACCAGUGUAUUGCCUGAUUUUGUUUACAAUUAUUAUUUAUUAUAGUAUUUCCAGAGGCUAAAAUCAUCAAUCCAGCUCUAGCACUACGUAUUUAAAAAUGUGAAAAUGAAUUAAGUCUGGAUCAGCCUCUGAGAGUAAACCACAGAUUUGCGCAGUACUAUGUUCAUUUGCGUUUAGUAUUUCACUAAUUCCCAGGUAAAACAGUUUGUAAAAGUGCCAUAUUGAUGAAGCCGACAUGCCUUAGAAAUGUGUUUGUUACAUGAUGCCUUCGCCACUAAGAGUGAAUGAAUAGAAAAGUGUAUUUGGGGAUAAACAACAAAAUAGUGGUUGUACUUUUCUGUUUAAGUUUGAGGUGCUAAUGUCUGAAAUGAAUAGGAAACAAAGACAUACUUGAAUAACCAGUGAAUAUGAUCUGCAAUCACUGGAACAAAGUGGAAUUAUCACAGUACUGUACUCCUUAAAAACAAAGUGUGUUUAUGUGUUAAUUGUUCUUAGAGUAGUAAUAAAUUAUUUUUGGAACCGUACAGGAGUUACAUUUAGAUUUUUACACCACAGCGUGUAAUUCAUAAAGCUGUACAGUAUUUACAGUUAUUCUACUGUAACUCAUAGCAUUGCGUAUUUUUGUAUACAUGUUAAUUUUUGUCUGUCAGUGUUUAAAGCUGCACUGAUGAAUCUGUAUGGUGCUUUUGUGUUUGUCAGAUGUAUUUUCAAUCAUUUUAUGUAUGGACACAGGUGUCGUACAUGUAAUACAAAAUAAAUAUAUGCAAAAUGCAA